GCGCCCUCGGCUUCUCAGCGGAGAUUGCCGAGCGGAGCCGAGCGGAGCCGGGAAGCGUGUGCUUUGCAGGCAGCCCGGGCGCGGCAGGGAAUCGCUUCAAUCAAUAUAUCGAUAGAUUAUCAAUCGAUCGAGAGGUGUUCGGCGUGCAGGGGAUGAAGGCUCCGGCAUUGCGCUGCCUCGUCGUGGCGCUGUUUGCGUGCUGCGAUGCGCUGGGCAGAGUCCCGUUAAUGAAGACUCGCACUCUGCGGCGCUCUCUGGUGGACAGCGGUCUGACGGUCCAGGAGCUGCAAGCCCGGGGUGAAGAGGGGGUCCCCGAACUGAGAAGCGCGGGGAGCCCCGACCCGCUCCCGGAACGCCUCACCAACUUCAUGGACGCUCAGUAUUUCGGUCUCAUUGGAAUCGGAUCCCCUCCUCAGAAUUUCAGCGUUGUGUUUGACACCGGAUCAUCGAAUCUCUGGGUUCCCUCGAUAAAAUGUUCCUUCCUGAACCUCGCCUGCUGGGUGCACCAUCGCUAUGAUUCGAGGGAGUCCAGCUCCUAUGUGAAGAAUGGUACUGAGUUCUCAAUCCAGUACGGGAGAGGCAGUCUGUCCGGCUUCCUGAGUCGGGACACCGUGACUAUCGCUGGUUUGUCGGUUUCCUCUCAGCUCUUCUCCGAAGCUGUGAAGGAGCCGGGAAUCACGUUCCUGUUCGCUCGCUUCGACGGGAUCCUGGGACUGGGGUACCCCUCCAUCUCCGUGCAGGGGGCGCCCCCCGUCUUCGACACUGCCAUGAGCCAGAAACUGUUACCCCAAAACAUCUUCUCAUUCUACCUGAACAGGGACUCUGCAGCUGAGGUGGGGGGGGAGCUGCUGUUGGGCGGAGUCGACCCGAAGCAUCACAGAGGGGAGCUGCACUAUAUUAAUGUGACCCGCAAGGCAUACUGGCAGAUCAAGAUGGAUGGGGUUGCUGUGGGUACCCAGCUCUCUCUGUGCAAGGGCGGUUGCCAGGCGAUAGUGGAUUCCGGAACUUCCCUGAUCACAGGCCCCGCCAAGGAGAUACGAGCCUUGCAGAAGGCGAUUGGAGCCACGCCCCUUUUCAUGGGAGAGUACCUGAUUGACUGCAAGAAGAUCCCGUCUCUUCCUGUGGUGAGCCUCACUCUGGGAGGGAAGCAGUUCAACCUGACUGGAGAGGAUUACGUGCUGAAGGAAUCUCAGGCCGGAAUCUCAAUCUGCCUCAGCGGCUUUCUGGGAUUGGACAUCCCUCCCCCCGCGGGGCCGCUGUGGAUUCUGGGAGACGUUUUCAUUGGCCGCUAUUACAGCGUGUUUGACCGAGAGAGAGAUCGAAUCGGAUUCGCCCCGGCAGUGUAACGGACCGAGCCACCAUCUUUAAAACCCAUUCUCUCCCCUCUUAUUAGCUUUAUUAACAGGAUCACCGGCCCCUCCCUUUAAAGGAGCG